GUGACAUCACAUCUUCCGGACGACUUUCAUGCAGCCAUUCUGAACUCUCGCAGUCCUGCCGGUCGUUACAGCGUCGCUGGCGAAUUUUUAACACUUUCUUAAACUUCAUCCAUUUUCUGAGCCGCUUCUCCUCACUAGGGUCGCGGGCCUGCUGGAGCCUAUCCCAGCUAUCAUCGGGCAGGAGGCGGGGGAAACCCUGAACUGGUUGCCAGCUUCACCCUCAUCGUUAUUAUAACAAUAAUAAUCUUCACCCACAUAUCGCCGGUUUCACUUAUUUGUGAGCAAGAUGCAGAAGAGAAGGAAGCCCGAGCCCAUCCAACUCAACCCGAUCCCCGAUGGGAAUAUCAUCAACGGCAGCGGAGCCACAGAAACAAACUUGGAAUCCCUACAAAAGAAGCUAGAAGAGCUUGAACUGGACGAGCAGCAACGCAAACGUCUGGAAGCGUUCCUGACGCAGAAACAGAAAGUGGGAGAGUUGAAAGAUGACGAUUUUGAGAAGAUAUGCGAGCUCGGUGCAGGGAACGGAGGAGUCGUCUUCCAAGUGUCCCACAGGCCUUCUGGUCUGAUCAUGGCUAGAAAGCUCAUCCAUCUGGAAAUCAAACCCGCCAUCAGGAACCAGAUCAUAAGAGAGCUUCAAGUGCUGCAUGAAUGCAACUCCCCCUACAUUGUGGGCUUUUAUGGCGCAUUCUACAGUGAUGGAGAAAUCAGCAUCUGCAUGGAGCAUAUGGACGGUGGCUCCCUUGAUCAGUCACUCAAGAAAGCUGGAAAGAUCCCAGAGCAAAUCCUUGGCAAAAUCAGCAUUGCAGUCAUUAAGGGACUCUCAUACCUGAGGGAAAAACACAAGAUCAUGCACAGAGAUGUCAAGCCUUCUAAUAUUCUGGUGAAUUCCCGGGGUGAAAUUAAGCUGUGUGACUUUGGAGUUAGUGGACAGCUCAUAGACUCCAUGGCCAACUCCUUUGUGGGCACACGCUCCUACAUGUCUCCAGAGCGUUUACAAGGCACCCAUUACUCAGUCCAGUCAGACAUUUGGAGUAUGGGUCUGUCCCUAGUUGAAAUGGCCAUUGGACGUUUCCCUAUCCCACCACCUAACACAAAAGAGCUGGAACACAUUUUUGGGACUCAAGUGGGAGGUGGAAACUCUGCAGAGUCCUCACCAAAGGCUGGACCUCCUGGGAGACUUGGCAGCUCAUAUGGAUCAGACAGUAGGCCUCCAAUGGCCAUCUUUGAGUUACUUGACUACAUAGUCAAUGAGCCUCCACCAAAGCUGCCUGGGAUGUUAUUCAGUUCAGAAUUUCAAGAUUUUGUGAAUAAAUGCUUGAUAAAGAACCCAGCAGAAAGGGCAGACCUGAAACAGUUAAUGGUGCACCCCUUUAUCAGACAGUCAGAAGCAGAGCAAGUUGAUUUUGCUGGCUGGUUGUGUACCACCAUUGGACUCAACCAGCCUGGGACACCCACUCAUGGUUCAGCAAUAUGACUUCCACCAGCUAUUGUCAAACCUGUGCCCUUUAAUCCUCUAACAGGGUUUCUACAAUUUGUAUAAGAUAGGCCAAAAAGUACAAUUAAAUGUUAUAUUUAAAUUUCAAACCUACAUGCCAAGUGAAAUUACAAAGGUUAAACUAAUUUGGGCUGCAAUGCAAGCCUGCUAGAAAAGCCAUCUUUUUCUAAAGAAUAACACCAUAUUAACUGUGCUUUAAGCCCGGCAGUAUCGUGAAAUGUUUGGUGAAUUAAACUGUGAACAUGACUCCUUUGCCUUCCUUGAAGCCCAUCUUUAGAUGCCUCUGUUUUAACAGGUGCUUCGUCCCAGGCUUCCAAGAUUUCAAUAGUUCUUGCUGUAAGAUCACAACAGCACUUGGUGACAUUCUAAUUUACGUGCUAGCUAGUAAUGAUGCAUUGCUCAGGACUUUCAUCUUGUCAGGAUUCAGAAACACAGACCAGAAGUGGGAGUAUCAUCAGUUUGCAAAGAUACAAGUUAGGAAAACUGAAAGCAGUACUGUACGUACUUUGUUGUACAAAGUGGUGUUUCCCGGAGCACCUUGCCAUUGAGAAUCAUGCUUAGGUUUAUCAUCUCAGGCCCUGGUUGGUUAAAAUGAGAGGCAUUAAUUAAAUUUACUAAAAUGACUUGUGAGUUACUGUGGCCUGUAAUCUGGGCAUUGCUCAGGACUUGCAACUUGGUAUCAUGAUGGAAAAACAAAAAAAAGUUCAACUUACCUGGGUGCAGAAAGUUCUAUAUGGAGCUCGCUCUUUAGUAUUCUACUCAGGUCUGUGUUGAUCAUUAUGUGCAUUGGUCGGCUGAAAUUGAAGGGAUAUUAGAUUAUUACUUUUCUGUACCACGAAUGAAUGCUGUGGUUUUCGCAUAGACUCAGAACUUCAUUCUUAUCACAGGUGUCAAAAACACGGACCAUGAAGUAAGAAAGCUCAUCACAGAAAUAGUUGACAGUUCUUACAGUGGUCAAUCUAUAAACUCACUAGUCAGCCUUGAGGCAGUCAGAUUACACCAGGUGCUGUACAGCUCAUCCGCUUGCAGGAAGCACCCAGACCAUGUGUAGGAGAAUCCAACAUGACCACCGGGAGGCAUUCUCAGAAGGUUCAGUUCUUCCUGCAGAUUCCAGAAGAAGUUUACAUGAGUAUAUAAUUUUUUUUCAAAAAUGUUAAGUUCCAUUACCUGUUCUUACCUUCAUCUCAACUGUUUCCUUCCGAGAUCAGAAUAGAUUGUUUCGCUGAAAGAUUAUACAUCAGUGCUGUAAACCAUGUGUUAUAACGUUUUACGGACGUGGCAGGAAAAGUAGUUUUAAACAAAUUGUAUAAUGAAGUGAAUUUGGGAAUACUGCAGUGCUAGUGCAUUUCCACCUUGAGUUCCUUAACCACAGAAUACAAUGCUUUCUACAGUACGUGAAAAGCACAUUCUGGAAUAAAAAUGUUAAGGACAGGUCGAACUCUUGAUUUGAUCCAAACUUAUUUAUUGUUCAGUGAACUCCAAACAUGUAAAAAUUUAAGCCUUGAUGUUCUUGGGUGCUCCCUUCUUUCCAGGGUUCUUCUUGGGUUUCAGCAUCUUAGCCUUGAUCUGUUGGAACCAAACAAUUUCAGUCAGAUAAGAAUACAAGGUUCAUGCUACAAGAGUGGUUGCUAGUUUCUUACCUUGGGAUCAUGCUUGAGAAUUGCGUGACGUCUGGCAGUCUUGGCAUAUGGGUUCAGUUUGAACAUUAUCCUCAUGUUCUUCAGAGGAUUCUUCUUCAGGACUCUGCGGUUGAUCAUCUUCCUGCAAGGAGAAAGCAAACAAUGACGCAUGCCAGUACCUUUAAAUUUGAGUGCCUGAGUUAGGGCAUUGGCUCAGGACUUCCAACUUAUCAGGAUUCAGAAACACGGACCUGAAGUAGGAGUAUCAUCAUGGCUUCAAAACCAGAGUAAAUUACAAAUGUUCACUUGCCUGGGUGCACGAAGUGCUUUCUGGAUCUCCUCGCUCUUCAGAAUCCUGCUCAGGUCUGUGUUGGUCAUCUUAUGCAUCGGCAAGCUGAAAUGGAAUGUCUACUACUUAAUUUGCUCCAUUUACAAUAUAAAGUUAAAUCAAUGUGGUAUUCAAUACUUAGAAUUUCAUUCAUAUCACAAGUGUCAAAAACAGACCAAAGUAGGAAAGCUCAUUACAGUAAGUACACCGACCAUGCUGUUCCACAAGGAACUCACUUGUGGUUUUCAAGACUCAGAACUUCAUUCUUAUCACAGGCGUCAAAAACACGGACCAUGAAGUAAGAAAGCUCAUCACAGAAAUAGUUGACACUUCUGAUAGUGGCAAGUCUAUAAACUUACUAGUCAGCCUUGAGGCAGGCAGAUUACACUGGGUGCUGUACAUCUCAUCCGCUUGCAGGAAGGACCCAGACCAUGUGUAGGAGAAUCCAACAUGACCACUGGGAGGCAUUCUCAGAAGGUUCAGUUCUUUCUGCAGAGAUUCCAUAAGGAAUUUUCAAAUAAAAACUGUUCGCAAAGAUUAAAAGUGCCAUUACCUGUUCUUACCUCCAUCUCAGCUGUUUCCUUCCGAGACCAGACUAUAUCGUUUUGGUGAAAUAUUACACCUAAGCACUGUAAACCAUGUUUUAAAAAGCUCUGACAGUUACAACGUAUUAGGGAGUUGGCAGGAAAAGUAGUUUUAAACAAAUUGCACAGUUAAGUGAAUUUGGAAAUACAGCACUGUUAGUGCAUUUUCACCUUGAGUUCUUUAACCACAGAACACAAUGCUUUCUGCAGUAUGUGAAAAGCAAAUUAUAGAAUAAAAAUGUUAAGGACAGGUCGAACUCUUAAUUUGAUCCAAAACUUAUUUAUUGUUCAGUUAACUCCAGUCAGGUAAAAAGUUAAGCCUUGAUUUUCUUGGGUGCUCCCUUCUUUCCAGGCUUCUUCUUGGGUUUCAGCAUCUUAGCCUUGAUCUGUCGGAACCAAACAAUUUCAGUCAGAUAAGAAUACAAGGUUCAUGCUACAAGAGUGGUUGCUAGUUUCUUACUUUGGGAUCAUGCUUGAGAAUUGCGUGACGUCUGGCAGUCUUGGCAUAUGGGUUCAGUUUGAACAUUAUCCUCAUGUUCUUCAGAGGAUUCUUCUUCAGGACUCUGCGCUUGAUCUUCUUCCUGCAAGGAGAAGGCAAACAAUGAUGCAUGCCAAUACUUUUAAAUUUGAGUGCCUGAGUCAGGGCAUUGGCUCAGGACUUCCAACUUAUCAGGAUUCAGAAACACGGACCUGAAGUAGGAGUAUCAUCAUGGCUUCAAAACCAGAGUAAAUUACAAAUGUUCACUUGCCUGGGUGCACGAAGUGCUUUCUGGAUCUCCUCGCUCUUCAGAAUCCUGCUCAGGUCUGUGUUGGUCAUCUUAUGCAUCGGCAAGCUGAAAUGGAAUGUCUACUACUUAAUUUGCUCCAUUUACAAUAUAAAGUUAAAUCAAUGUGGUAUUCAAUACUUAGAAUUUCAUUCAUAUCACAAGUGUCAAAAAAAGACCAAAGUAGGAAAGCUCAUUACAGUAAGUACACCGACCAUGCUGUUCCACAAGGAACUCACUUGUGGUUUUCAAGACUCAGAACUUCAUUCUUAUCACAGGCGUCAAAAACACGGACCAUGAAGUAAGAAAGCUCAUCACAGAAAUAGUUGACACUUCUGAUAGUGGCAAGUCUAUAAACUUACUAGUCAGCCUUGAGGCAGGCAGAUUACACUGGGUGCUGUACAUCUCAUCCGCUUGCAGGAAGGACCCAGACCAUGUGUAGGAGAAUCCAACAUGACCACUGGGAGGCAUUCUCAGAAGGUUCAGUUCUUUCUGCAGAGAUUCCAUAAGGAAUUUUCAAAUAAAAACUGUUCGCAAAGGUUAAAAGUGCCAUUACCUGUUCUUACCUUCAUCUCAGCUGUUUCCUUCCGAGACCAGACAAUAUCGUUUUGGUGAAAUAUUACACCCAAGCACUGUAAACCAUGUUUUAAAAAGCUCUGACAGUUACACAACGUAUUAGGGAGUUGGCAGGAAAAGUAGUUUUAAACAAAUUGUACAGUUAAGUGAAUUUGGAAAUACAGCACUGUUAGUGCAUUUUCACCUUGAGUUCUUUAACCACAGAACACAAUGCUUUCUGCAGUAUGUGAAAAGCAAAUUAUAGAAUAAAAAUGUUAAGGACAGGUCGAACUCUUAAUUUGAUCCAAAACUUAUUUAUUGUUCAGUUAACUCCAGUCAGGUAAAAAGUUAAGCCUUGAUUUUCUUGGGUGCUCCCUUCUUUCCAGGCUUCUUCUUGGGUUUCAGCAUCUUAGCCUUGAUCUGUUGGAACCAAACAAUUUCAGUCAGAUAAGAAUACAAGGUUCAUGCUACAAGAGUGGUUGCUAGUUUCUUACUUUGGGAUCAUGCUUGAGAAUUGCCUGACGUCUGGCAGUCUUGGCAUAUGGGUUCAGUUUGAACAUUAUCCUCAUGUUCUUCAGAG